AUGUCCAGUCCCUAUCACAAGCGUCCCUUGCCCGACUAUUUCAUUGCUUCCCCGCUUCUCGCCCUGCUCUACCCUGUGCACCAUGCCUUACUUCACCUCCGAGGGCCUCCACGACUACCGCCUCCACAUGCGAAACCCAUUCGCGUCGUUUGUAUUUCAGAUACUCACACGCUUGAAUGCUCCGAUGUCCCCGACGGCGACCUCCUGAUCCACGCCGGUGACCUUGCCAACGAUGGCUCCGUCCGGGAAAUCCAAGCGGCGGUCGACUGGCUGCGCUCCUUGCCUCAUCCUCAAAAAGUCGUCAUCUGCGGCAACCACGACAGUUACUUUGAUGUGCGCUCACGUCUCGAAGAGGAUCGCGAGGACACGUCCUCGAUCUCCUCCUUUGCGGCCAUUUCGUCCUCCACGGCCUCCAUCCGCUCGCUCGACGAAAUCACGGCCCCGUCGCGCAUUGACUGGGGUGACAUUCAUUACCUGCAACACAGUGCUGUGACCCUCUCCUUCCCAGCAGAUGCCACAACCGACGGCUCACCUCGAUCGGGCUCGACUGCAACCGCAUCACUCGCGAGGCCGCGUUCCCGCGAGCUCACCAUCUACGGCGCCCCUCAGAUCCCGGCCCUUGUACCAUUCGGCCCAGAGCAUGCCUUUACAUACCCACCACAUCAUGAUGCCUGGUCACGCACCAUCCCCGCAGAGACCGACAUCCUGGUGACGCACACACCACCACAAGCCCACCUAGACAUGUCUCCGGUCUUCUCGACCGGCUGUCCCAGUCUUCUCGCCGAGGCCUGGCGCGUCCGCCCCGCUCUCCACGUCUUUGGCCACAUUCAUAAUUCCUCCGGCCGUGAACCAAUCUUCUGGGACGAGGCUCAACGGGCAUGGGAGCGUCUCUGCGCGUCUCGACGGCCGCGCGCAAAGGAGGCCCGUGUGGUUGCUCUCGCCGGCAUGAUGCGGGAUUUGUUUGACUUGUCCGGGUGGAUGGACGCGGCUCGAGUGGUGUUAUAUGGCGUCUUGGGUGUGAUAUGGUCACGAGUCUGGGGGGGCGAGACGCUCGACGGGAGCUGGAUGGUGAAUGCCGCGUGCAUGUACCGGGACAGUGGGAAAUUGAAGAAUCCGCCUCGAGUAGUUGAGCUAUAG